AUGGCAGACCACCCUGCGGCUAUCUACGAGUUCCUGAAGCAGCCCUCAAAAGGUUCGGUUGCAAAGAGAGCACAACCACACCCACCACCACCCUCAUCCUCCACCCGAACCUUCCAAUGCCACUUUUGCCACCGCAUGUUCUACACUUCACAAGCCCUCGGUGGGCACCAAAAUGCUCACAAGCUUGAAAGAGCCGCAGCAAGAAGAACCAACGUCCCUUUUCACCACAACAACAUUAACAACACCGUGCCACUGCCACCACCUUCGCCUGUGUCUUUGGAGCCUUCUCUUAAGAUCACUGAGCCCAAGCCCAAGCUCAAGGCCAUUCCGGAACUCGAAGCCCCAUCUCCUCAUGGGCUUUUCUUCCACCACCACCACCCUUACUGGCUCGAUGUGGAACCUCUACAUUUUCAGAAUCACCACGUUGCAAGCACCGCCACUCUCUCUCUUCCCUUCCAUGCCGCCUCAUCCACUUCCACCCCUCAACACAAUGCUUCUGUUGAUGCUUCUGAACAUGUCAACCUCGACCUCACCCUUCGCCUUUAA